UUAGUUGGGCAUUCCUGGAGCCCCACAGAGUCCGUCUCUUGUGAUAGCUGAUUCCUUCCUUAGAUAUGUGGAAGGCAGACAGGGCUCACUUUGCGACUUGGAAGCUACAAUAUUCACAGCUCCGACUGGCUAAACAACUCGCCUAAACCACGUGGCCAAAAUCAGGAAUCAUGGCCCAUUAUCCUCAUUUACAUCCCGCAUCUUCCUAGGUCCAGACCUAGCGUGAGGAUUUGGGGUGGUGGCACCUCUUUCCAAGAAAUCUCUGUCUCACGUACACACACGGAGGAUUCCUACAUCCGUCUAUUACUAUGAGCUGCCACCAAGGAUUCGGUACUGCUGCACUGGGGCUCAUGCCAGCGACUUGGCUGCCAGGUGCAGCUUUCCAACUCUCAGACAGCCCCCCCUUCACAGGCCCCACUGCACCUGCUCCUGAAUGAGGCCAACUCCCAGCCAAGCCCAGGGCACGUCGGCUACACUACGCUUCGGAUUUUUCUUGCCUUCCUUGGAGAUGCUUGGAGGGGAAGCAGAACCGUGCAUCUUGGAACCAGUCUGCUUUUGCUAAUGCAAAUGCAGUCUUGGUUAAUGCAGACAGACUGUCAACUUCAGCAGUCAGGAGGAGGAGGAGGAAGGGGGAUGAUUCCCCAUUUCAGAGACCAAUGAAGAAUUUCAAUAGAACGCUUCCACUUUGGAAAUAGGAUCAUCUGGAGCAAACGGAGGCUUUCCAUCUUCCCAGGGAUCUAUGUGGUCCCCAUGCUGGGCAGAGAGAAGUCUGCUCUGCGGGUGAAAACAGGAACCUGCCCUCCUGCCAGCCCUGCGCAGGCCACCGUUGCCUUCCUUGUUCAGCAGAGGAAGUGUGCAGCCCUUAAGCAACUACAACCCCGUAGCUCGCUUGUUAGCAUGGGCUGUGCCUGGGCUCCCUCUCAAGCCCGUGCGGCCCCACGCAGCCCGGAGCAGCAGCAGCUGAUGGAGAGCUGGUGACCCCGUGCCUGGUGGCCCUCUGCUGCCAACUUCCAGGAGAGGCCAUGUUCUGCGUCUGAAGGCUCUCGGGACCCGUUUCCACAGCCCCAGGACAGACAGAGAUGGGAAACAGCAUGAAAUCCACUCCUCCGCCUUUGGAGAGGCCAGCACCCAGCACCGAAGGACUUGAGAGCGACUUCCUGGCUGUGCUGAAUGACUACCCGUCUCCUGACAUCAGCCCCCCGAUAUUCCGGAGAGGGGAGAAACUGCGCGUGAUCUCUGAUGAAGGGGGCUGGUGGAAAGCCAUCUCCCUCAGCACCGGCCGGGAAAGUUACAUUCCGGGAAUGUGUGUGGCCAGAGUGUACCACGGCUGGCUGUUUGAAGGACUGGGCAGGGACAAGGCCGAGGAACUGCUGCAAUUACCGGACACGAAGAUGGGUUCCUUCAUGAUCCGGGAGAGCGAAACAAAGAAAGGUUUCUACUCGCUGUCGGUAAGACACAGGCAGGUCAAGCAUUACCGCAUCUUCCGCCUACCCAACAACUGGUACUACAUCUCUCCAAGGCUCACCUUCCAGUGCCUGGAGGACCUGGUGACCCAUUAUUCAGAGGUGGCUGACGGUCUAUGCUGUGUGCUCACCACACCCUGUCUGGCACAGAACACACCUGCUCCAACAGCUCACCCACCUCCUUGCCCCACAUCUGGCUCAUCUGUCACCUUGCGCCAGAAGACCUUUGACUGGAAGAGGGCAUCCAGACUGCAGGAGGACCCGGCUGGGGCGGAGAACCCGCUGGCAGUGGAUGAGUCCCUUUUCAGCUACGGUCUCCGGGAAAGCAUUGCGUCCUACCUGUCCCUGACCGCGGAUGACACCACCUCCUUUGACCGGAAGAAGAAGAGCCUCUCCCUAGUGUACAGCGGAAGCAAACGCAAGAGCUCCUUCUUUGCGGCGCCCCAGUACUUUGAAGAUUAAUACUCUGGUUGGCACACAGAAAAAGGUUUUGGCUGCCACCUUGGGGUCUUGUGGAAGCCAGAGCUCUCUACUUCUCUGUCUAUCUCAUGCCUCCUGGGGACCAAGAGAAGUCACGCUGAGACUGUCUUUACAUGGCGAUCAGAGGGACUCCUUCCUGGUAUCUGAUGAAUACCGUGGAGCAACAUCAUGCUUGAUUCAUGAUGUAAAGGGCAGCGCUUCGAAGAGCUGUGUCCAAGCCCUUCUCUGAGACCCUGUGGAUAGCAUCUGUCUGGGAAAGAACAUGAGGAAGAUGGCUUCUGGGGUCUGAGCAGAGCAACCUCUAAAGGCCUCGUGAGACCUUUGGGCUACAUCUCCUCUCUUUCUCAGAGGGACCUGCGACACCAAACACUAUCCAGAAGGACUUAAAACAGCUCAGAUCCGAGCGGGACCUUCUGCCUUCGGGUGCACUGAAGCCACAAAGGCAGGAGUGGAUGGCCAUGCCACGUCACUCGAGAGUGUAGGUCAGUGAAGGGGCGAUCGAGAGAGGGAGGAGGCAGCUCUGCCACGCAAACUUUUGACACAGACAGUCUUGCCCCCUCACAUAAAAGCCUCCCCCAGCUACAGGGGUCCUGUGUUGUUCUGGAACCCCCAUCCCUCACGCCUAUUGGCAGAAGCCACUGCGCUGAGGUCAAAUGGGAAUAAGAGAGAGGUGAAUAGUAUCCCUUAGGGCUUCCUGCAGUGGCAGAGAGACAAGCCUAACAGCAGAAUGUAACUUGACCAUGGACCAGGAGAAAGCCUCACAGUUCCAAUGGACUGGGGACCAGUGAGGGUUGCCCAAGGGGCUCUUGUUCCCAUGGAUCUACCCAGAAUGCAAAGGCCGUUGGACCAAGUAGACUAGCACGGUUCGAUGUUUCUUUCUGUUUGUUUGUUUUAAAGGAGACUGACGGGCUUUAAGCAGUUAAUUUAUCCUGUGUAUUUUACUCUAAGAGGGGCUGGCAUCUGCACGAACCAGAAUGCCUCUGUCUGGGGAAGGCGGGGCUGGAGAAGCUGAGUGCCCCCAUACACGAUUGUGAGUGGAGAGAGAAAACUCACAGGACCCUCAGGAAAGAGAAGCCCCCAGCCGGUCUCGUGUUUAUAUCCUGCCUGGAUGGGAGGCAGAAUAGUUGUGGCCUAUUCCUCCCUGUUUAUCAAAGGGAUUCUCAGGAAGAGGAAUGAACGCAGGCCGGAUUUCCCACCCAUCACAUGCAUUCCAUAUACCGGGGCUCGGCCUGCAAAUGGCAAAAUCAUGUGCAUAGACAUGACUUCAUUCAUUGCCAUAGCUGGUGUUUUACACCGGGAGGCAUAUCUGGUCUCCUAGGUGUCCCACAAAGGCUAUGGCAAGGGGACCGGCAGUGUGUGAGAAACAAAUGUCACAUAAACUCGGCGACUUCUGCUGUGAGGGCCAUGUCCCCUGCCUCCUGAGGUGUCUGCUCACUGAUUUCUAUGCUGUUUUCUGUUGUGGUCAAUGUGACUGGAACUCUGGGGAGCACGUGGGGGUAUUUCUAAGUGGGAAGCAUUACACUUUGCCCAAUCAUGUAUUUAUUCCUGAUUAAAGUAAAACAUGCUUAUUUAA